UUUUAAAAAACAAGAGUAAUACAAUUUCUUAGUUUUAAAAGAUACCCCUCUUUAAAAUAAUAAUAAUAAUAUUAAUAAUAAAUACUUUUAGUUUUGAAAGAUACCCAUUUAAAAAAAUAUUAGUAAUAAAUAUAAAACUGAUAAUACCUAAACAAUCCUGAGACAGUAUUUUGCAUCAAAUGAUAAAGGAAAAUAAAUCAGGAGUUUUUUAAGAAAUAAGAAAAAAAACAAAGAAUAGUUUAGUAUUGGAUUUGAUGGGCUUAAAUAUGACUUCAUAUUUUACUAUCCGAGCUGUGAUCAACAGCGUGUUUCCUCUCUUAUUUAUGAAUCAUCACCAGCUGUGUGUUGCUGCUUCGCUGCGUCUGAACCAGAUCAACAUGUCGAUGUUUGGAGGUUAAAUCUCAGGAGCUCCCACGUUUAGAUCCCAGCAGCCUCUCUGUCUCCGACCGCCGACCAGCCGUCUCAUCAGCACGUUGAACGCUGAUUAAUGAUGAAUAACGAGGAGACAUCUGAUAGAGAUAAUAUAUCAGGCAGGAAGCUGAGCUCGUCGCUACAGGAAGAGAAUAUAUGAUAGUUUACUGACGUACUCUGACGUGUUAGAUGCAGUUUGUUGGAUAUUUUUCAUUCCCAGACGCUGCGUUUUGUUUUAAUAUAUCUGCCUUAAGGAGAAAUUGAAGUGUCCUUAACUUCAACCAGGUGAACAUAAGGGCUUGACGUGAAAGUUUACAGUAUUUGUUCCCAUCAUCUAAUAUUAUUAUUAAUAAUUUAAUACUUGAAUACUGUUAUUUUGUUUGGUAUAAUUGGCCUUUCUUUUCUUUAAACCUCAGAAGUCGUUGUUGACGAGUCAGCGUUCAUAUUUCUGCAUAUUGAGCUGUCUUUAUUUUAAGUUAGCAUGUUUGGAGCACAGACUGAAUAUAAAGAUGGCCGACACGACAGCUCCGUUAAAGUGAAGCCAAAACAUCUGGAUGGCCCCCUGGUGGCUGGCUGCAGUAAGCCCUGCCCCCCCCGUCCCCCUCUGUGUUAGCGGAUGGGUCAAACUAAAGAACUAAAAAGUUAAAUAAAGAUGGUUUCUGUUGUUAUAGGUAGUUCUGGGGUUUGUUCAUGUUUCUGAUCAGUUUGGUUUUAUUUACUUAUUUGACGCUAUAAAAAGGGGGCGGGACGUUCAUGAUGGACAGCUGUGAGUCUCUCUCGCUGACGAGCUGAUCGGCUCGUGAUUCGGGCGGGUGACCUCGAUACCGCGGCGGCUCCACCCCCUCAUGACGACGUCAACAUCUCCAGAUGUUAGCUUCCGUAUCGAUCCAUAGUUUGGCUUCAUUCUGUUGAGCGGGGGGGAAGUGGAGACGCGGCAGCCAUCUUUAGAGUCUGCGGCUCAGAGACAGAACCGUAAUGUGACCAACCAAUGAGACGCUGUGAUGUCUGCUACAGCGGAUAAAUGUUAACCAGCAGCUUAUUUACAAAGCCUGAUAUAUAUAUAUAUAUAUAUAUUAUAUAUGAUAUGAUAUUUCCAGUUAGCUCACUCUCUGGUUCUGUACCUGAACAACAGCUGCAGUUUGUUUUCUGUCUUACUGAAUGAGAACCUCGACUCCAAAGAACCCAGAGGUUGUUUCACUCCGUCAGCUCAGUGAUGCUGAGAGGGAUGAGACCCGCAUCAGUCCUCCAAACCCACUGGGGUCUUCACUUUAUACUCACUAACAGCUUCUAAACUGUAAUAUUAAUGCACUCGUACUGUUACAGUGGUUACCUAAAGUUUAACACCUGGACGGACUCGGAGCUGAUAUUUAACUGAUAUUUAAGGAGGAGGGCGACCGUAUCUUUAACCCACAGCUUCCUCAUCCUCACUGUACUGCAGCUCCAUCCUCAGUCUCUCAGGGUUAAUCUCCAGAGGUCUCCAGAGGUCAAUGAUGAACCUGCAUCCUGUCUCCCAGCCAGCAGGAGGCGACUCCUCCAGUUGUAUAGAAGAAGUCUGGCUGUAUUAUUCUGUCUGAGUAACGUUCGCUGACAACUACAGUUACCAGCUGUAAAUUAUUCAGCCUUUUUUACAACUUCAACUACAUGUUUUUAAUUGUUUUUAAAGAUUUACUUCAGAGGCGUGUUAUGUAAAUGUUACGCAAAACAACGUUACAUAAAAUGACGUUACGUAAAAUGACAUUACAUAAAACAACGUUACGUAAAACGACGUUACGUAAAACGACGUUACGUAAAACGACGUUACGUAAAACGACGUUACGUAAAACGACGUUACGUAAAACGACGUUACGUAAAAUGACGUUACGUAAAACGACGUUAAGCAAAACGACGUUACGUAAAACAACGUUACGUAAAACAACGUUACGUAAAACAACGUUACGUAAAACAAUGUUACCUAAAACAACUUUACCUGAAACAAUGUUACGUAAAACAACGUUACAUAAAACAAUGUUACCUAAAACAACUUUACCUGAAACAACAUUACGUAAAACAACGUUACGUAAAACAACGCUACGUAAAACUACGCUACGUAAAACUACGCUACGUAAAACAACGCUAUGUAAAACAUUACGUAAAACAACAUUACGUAAAACAACAUUACGUAAAACAACGUUACGUAAAACAACGUUACGUAAAACAACGUUACGUAAAACAACAUUACGUAAAACAAUGUUACGUAAAACGUUACAUAAAACAACGUCACGUAAAACAACGUUACGUAAAACAACGUUACGUAAAAUAACGUUACGUAAAAUAACGUUACGUAAAACAACGUUACGUAAAACAACGCUACGUAAAACAACGCUACGUAAAACAAGGUUACCUAAAACAAGGUUACCUAAAACAACGUUACAUAAAACAACGUUACAUAAAACAAUGUUAAGUAAAACAAUGUUAUAUAAAACAACUUUACCUAAAACAACUUUACCUAAAACAAUGUUACGUAAAACAACGUUACGUAAAACAAUGUUACGUAAAACAACGUUACAUAAAACAACGUUACCUAAAACAACGUUACCUAAAACAACGUUACGUAAAAUAACGUUACGUAAAACAACGUUACGUAAAACAACGUUACGUAAAACAACGUUACGUAAAACAACGUUACCUAAAACAACUUUACCUGAAACAACAUUACGUAAAACAACGCUACGUAAAACAACGUUACGUAAAACAACGCUACGUAAAACAACGCUACGUAAAACAUUACGUAAAACAACAUUACGUAAAACAACGUUACGUAAAACAACGCUACGUAAAACAACGCUACGUAAAACAAGCUUACCUAAAACAAGGUUACCUAAAACAACUUUACCUAAAACAAUGUUACGUAAAUCUGUUUGAGGUUGUUUUCGAAGGAUCACUUUGAUUUGUUAAUGAUUUCUGAUGUUAAUGUGCAUGACGGUGUGAUUUAAAGGAAGUACAGCGACGCGUUUUUCAGCUGUAUUUCACACAAGCGUCACUCUCCGGUGUUAAACACACACCAGUCAGUCAUCUGCAUAUAGACGGCAGCUGGUUGAUUAGUUGCAGACUGACUCUGAGUCUAAGAGAUGAAAAUAGAUUUUUGUUGAGAGGAUAUUUUUGUUGUGUUGUUCAGCAUCAUCAAUAGACUGUAAUCAUGUUAACUAUGUUUCAUAAGGAGACGGUAUAAACUACCGAGGUGUAUGAUGUCAUCACACCAGACUCCAUCACACUUUUUAAACCUUUUAGGAGCCAAUUAAACGUCAGCAGAGACGUUUCAGGACUCGACUGAGGACGUCUGCUGUGGUGAUAACACGGAGAAUCACCUAAACGCAUUCUGAGUCCGAAUUUCAAUAAAUAUUUGCAGAAAUUUG